AUUUCUAAUUAAACACGUUAAUGAUUCCAUUUUAAAACCGUAGCUACAGAGACCAGACGACGUCGUCCUACGGGUUUCUCCUCCCUCCAUAGUUUGAAACGCAAGCUCGCGGACUAAAGUGUUAUGGUUCGAAGGAAGUCUCGUCCCGAGCCAAAAAUGAAGACAGCGUUACGGCUAUCUUCCUUCACGCGCCAGCUUCACUCGCGUUCUCCCCCACGCGCUGCCGCGUUCAACCGAGUCCUCGCCUCCUUUGCCAGGGCGAAGUGCUUCCCCGCCGCGAUUUCUCUCUGCGCCCAAACGGAGUCCCGCGGCGACGUUAUCCCUUGCCACGUCACCCUCACCAUCCUCAUCAACUGCUUUUGCCACGUCGGCAAAGUUGCUCUCGCCUUCUCCGUCUUCGGAAAGCUCCUCAAGCGCGGCCUCCCCUAUGACGCUGUCACGCUCAACACCUUAAUCAAAGGCCUCUGCCUUGACGGCGCCGUUUCUUCGGCGCUCAAGUUCUAUCAGGAAAUGGCGGCGGAGGGGUUUGAGUUCACCGAAGUCACCUACGGAACGUUAAUUAACGGACUCUGCGAUGUAGGGAAAACAGAAGCGGCUAUUAGAUUGUUGAGAAUGAUGCAAGCUUGCGAUCCUAAUGUUAAGCCUAAUGUGAUUAUGUAUAGUAGAAUUAUAGAGGGUUUGUGUAAGGAAGGACUUGUCAAUGAGGCGUGUGAGUGGUGUUAUGAAAUGGUUGGUAACAAUGUUGAGCCUAAUGUGUUCACUUACAGGCCUCUUGUGAGAGCGUUGUGUGUCGCGGGACGGUUAGACGAGGCGGUUCGGAUGGUGGAGGGGAUGAUUACGAAGGGUGUGUACAUUGAUAUUUAUGUGUUUAGUGUUUUGAUAGAUGCGUUGUGUAAGAAAGGAAUGGUGGUGGAAGCGCAGGAGGUGUUUGAUCAAAUGAUUAAGAGAGGUGUUGAGGUUAAUGUUGUUGUGUGCACGGCCUUGAUGGCGGGCUAUUGUUUGAAGAACGAAGUGGAUGAGGCAAGGAGGUUGUUUGAUGCAGUUGUGAGACGGCCGGAUGUUUGGAGUUAUAAUGUUUUGAUGAAUGGGUAUUGCAAGGUUAGGAGAUUGGAUGAUGCAAUGAUGUUAUUGAAUGAAAUGUGUGGGAAGGGUGUGAUUCCGAAUCUUGUGACUUAUAAUUUGUUGGUUGAUGGUUUUUGUAAAUGUGGGAUGGUGGCGUAUGCUUGGCAAAUUGUUAAGGCAAUGUGUGAGAGUGGUGUCACGCCGGAUGUUGUUACUCACAGUAUCUUGUUGGAUGGUUUGUGCAAGAGGCAACGUCUUGAUCUGGCGGUUGUGAUGUUUAACCAGAUGCUGAAGAGGGGUGUGGCACCUGAUGUUUGGAGUUAUAGUAUAUUGAUUGAUGGUUGUUGCAAGAAUCAGAGGAUAGGUGAGGCCAUGAAUUUCUUGAAAGAAAUGCAUUUUAGGAAUUUGGUUCCUCAUAUUGUGACUUACACUUCUCUUAUUGAUGGACUGUGCCAAUCUGGGAGAUUGUUGUCUGCGUGGAGGCUUCUGAAUGAGUUGCACCAUAAUGGUCUACCCCCUGAUAUUAUUGCUUACAGUACCUUGUUGAAUUCUUUAUGCAAAAGUGAACGUCUUGAUAAAGCAAUUAUUUUGUUUAACCAAAUGAUUAGGAGGGGUUUGGCACCUGAUGUUUGCAGCUAUACCAUCUUGAUUAAUGGACUAUGCAAGAGUGAAAGGAUAGAUGAAGCCGUUAAUCUCUUAAAAGAAAUGCAUGUAAAAAAUUUGGUUCCUGAUACCAUAACUUAUAUUUCUCUUGUUGAUGGCUUGUGCAGAUCUGGGAGAAUCUCGUAUGCGUGGCAGCUUCUUAGUGAGAUACAUGGCAAUGCUCCACCCCCUGAUGUUGUCAAUUACAUCGAUGCACUUUGCCCGCGCAUGCAUCUUCACAGCAAAUGCCAUGCUUCAACUUACUGUUGACAGAAGAGCUGGUUGUUAUGUUCUUGCAUAACUAUACUUACCGAUGGUUUGUAUGAAAUUGUAACGCUAUAUACUGCACAGAAAUUUCCAAGUAUCUUUUGAUUAAAGGAUGUUGUUCACGUGUCCAAAAAUAUACCACUGUGAUGAAUGGGCUUUGUCUGAAGAGAAAAUGUUGGAUGAAUGGUGAACUUGCUUUAAAAGCUGAGAAAAUUCUUGCUCUUCUGAAAAACAACAUUAAAUCAAUGGAAGAGAAACUUUUACAUGAAGUGGUCAAUGGAUGGAGGCCUUGUAAGAUGAUACAAUAAGCCAUGCUGUCAGAUUUGACUCUUCAAAGCCGAUUGGCUACAGACCCCAAGACCCUCCAAUGAUUCUAUCGAAGUAGUUCCAGCCACAGUAUACUUAUCACACAGGGAAGAAGCUCAAAAGCAGUAAGGCGGUAAUCAAUAAGUAAGCCUUUGAAUAACUAGUCAAAGUAGCAUGUAUGUAGUGACAAAGACCAGCUCUCUUCUUUCCCCACCUUCACAAUUUCCACAGAAAUUAUACCUGUUUUGGAGUGAGAGAGAUGCUAAUGACGUUAUUAAUAUGAAGAUGGGAGAACACAUGUGUUGCUAUCAGAUGUCUCAACUCAAGAAAAUGGAAGAAAGAUGUUGCAAUGUGGAUAUUGUAGCUUACAGAACAAUUAAAUGCAAUCUCUGGGAGGAUAGCAAGGUAUGUUAGGCUUGCAAUUUGUGGUUGGAAAUGACUUGUAAAG